AUGACCGGAGAGACGGACAUGCAGCCAUCACAUAUGAAGACAACCAUGUCUGCCAUAGAGUCCGCGGCUGGAAACCUCCUCGAGGCAGAGAAAUCACACCCUCCACGGGCAGCAAGAGCACCCCGGCCUCCUAGACCCAAUUACAGGAACAUUCAUCGCUUUCCUCUUCCAGUCAAUGUCCAUCAUGUUCCUUCAGUAAUUCCUCAUAACCCUCUUUCUAUCAUAAGCGUUGCUCUUUCGUACCUCACCUUUCUCGUCUCUCCACCUCACCAAAAAGUCUACUCCGCAUGUUUCGACUCGGCUACCUCAUCUGUCCAUGUGACUGAUGAGAAGACGAUCAGAGCGUUGUGGGAAAUGGGUUUCUUCGGUAAAGGUAGUCUCAGUCGGAGCGAGCCCAACUGGCUGGAGCAAGAGAAGAAGAGGAGGGGUCUGAUGGGUGGAAGCACAGUCGAAGAGGCUACACGGAAACGUCGCGCCGAACGACGUCAGCUCAAGCUCGAACGAGCAAGACAUGAGAAGCUCGCUGUCGAGGAGAGACUGAGGGUCGAGGCCGCUGCCCGUGAAUCUGGCUCUCAAAGUGGACUGCACGUAGUUGAAGCCGCGGAUUCAACUGCUAUUCCCGCGGAGAGAUUCUCUGUCAAGAAAGCCAUGGAAGCGAGGUUCCUCGAGAGACGGCAACAAGCCAUGCAAAACAGAGAGGCAGCCUCCUCAGCCGACCAGCAACAAUCUCUUGGAGAUUUGACAAAUUCGCCUUCCUCACCCUCUGCGAACAGCCAAUCCCUUCCGGUCUCGGAGCACACGGAUCAUAUACUCGAUGAUGACCUGGACUUGGACACAAUUGAGAAUGAGGAGCACCUUCAACUCUCCAACGAAGAGACCUUCUUCCUGGUCUACGCCUUAGGCGCAUUAAGCAUUGUUGACCGCGCAAGCAAUGCCAUCAUCCCGACUCCUGCUCUCUUCGAUCUCCUUCGCAGACACUCUUAUUAUCCUCGCCGUCCCGAGGAUCGUCCUCUGGAGGUAGAUGACCCCUUCAUGAUAUCAUAUGUCGUUUACCAUCAUUUCCGAUCUCUUGGCUGGGUUGUACGCUCCGGAGUGAAAUUUGGAACGGACUAUCUUCUCUACAACCGCGGCCCAGUGUUCUCUCACGCUGAAUUUGCUGUCAUCAUCAUCCCAUCUUACAGUCACCAGUUCUGGUCAUCAACUGAAGCCCUGAAGAGACACGCCGCAGAUAAGCAAUCCCGCAGCUGGUGGUGGCUACACUGCGUCAAUCGCGUGCAGGCUCAAGUGAAGAAAAGCCUGGUGAUUUGCUACGUUGAUGUUCCUCCUCCAAGCGAAGUUGCUGCCGACGUUGACGGCCAGCUCAACCGUUAUCGAGUGCGCGAGUUUCUUCUCCGGCGAUGGGUCCCCAACCGUACGCGCGACUGA